AUGGAAAGGUCUACGGCACAGAACUCGACGCAACAAGUUGUUAUAUUAUGUCGCACACUCACUGCUCAGGACCAUGGAAAGUUUACUCAACGGCCGCUGAAACUUAAAGUUAUUCCAGUUUCCAACACUGACGUAAACAGUAAGGUAUCUACAAAAAUUGUAAGAAAUUGUAACAGACUUAAUAAGCAACGGAUGUUGAGGAAAAGCAAAGAUAGUUUAACCAACGAUUCCUCACGGAAUGGAAUUAACUUUGGUUUAAUUUCUAACGGAAAGAUUCUUAAUAAUCGUGUUUGGUUAAAGGAAGUUAACAGUAAUUUGUCGCUGAACAAAACGAAUAAUAACUCCAUCGGGAAGAUGCACGAAGACUCGAAUAUAGAUUCAGUAAAACAGGUAUUGGUUCCAGUUAGGGACCCAGUGACCAACGAGACCAAGAACAUGUUGGUGCCGAUCGAGGUGACAGAUGCUUCUGGAUUGAACGUAAUCAAAAGUGUUUUGAUACCGAAUCGUGAUAAAGACGGUUUCGUAUCGUACGAUAUUAAGAAAGUCGUAGUACCUAUCAAACCAGAAUCGAAGUUAUGUCGGACGACAAAGGACGAGGACAAAGUAAUACCGAUUGGUGAUAAAGUGAAGAGAAAAAAGAAGAAAGACGAAGUAAAAGAACACGAACAGCUAACGCCUAGUGAAAACGAAGUAAACAAGGUAGAAAAUAAGGAAACGUUAGAUUCUCGUCUGCAAGUAACGACAGACGAAAAUGGAGUGCCUCGGAUAGAAGAUAAAACAGAAGAAGUCGAGCAAGGUCAGGAUCAAGAGGGAGAAAUAAUGGAAGAAAUAAUACAAAGCCAAGUGGAACAGCGAGAAGACGAAGGGGAAGACACUAAAACUUUAACAGUGGUUCAUCCAGUGAUCCAGGAAGAAGAGACAGACCAAAUACUGGAAAACCUGAAGACCAUCUGUCCAGUUUGUCAAAAGAUCUUCAAGAACGAGAGCCUGAUGCAAAGGCACGUGCGUAAAUUUCACGAGAAAACGUAUCCCUGUGACAAGUGUAACAAAUGCUAUUCGUCUAAGCCAGGCCUGCAAGAGCACAAGAAGUCUCACGAAGACGAUUCGUAUCUACAAUGCUCCAUGUGUCAUCUAAAGUACAAACGUAAGGCUGGACUGAAGAAUCAUCAGAUCCGCGUGCACAGUAACGUGGAUCCAAAGUUCAUGUGCGACUACUGUGGAAAACGUUUCAAGCUGAAGAUCGACCUGGGUGUCCACAUCGAGAAGACCCACAUGAACGUCGCCCACAUCUGUAAAAUCUGCGGUAAAGUCGUCAGGAACAUCACGCACCACGAAUGGCAGCACGAGAGAGUGGCCAAAAGGGUCGUUUAUCGCUAUCGUUGCAAUCUUUGCCCAAAGAAGUUCACGACCAGCAACAAUUUGGACAAUCACUUGCUCAUGCACAAGGAUGGUUUCAAGUGCAGCCUCUGUAACGAAGUUUUCUCUUCACCGUUCUCCCUUGGGAGCCACAAGAGCACGAAGCACAGACCAGGUGCGACUUGCACCAUCUGCGAGAAGAUGUUCAACAACACCAGCAAUUUCUAUCAACACGUACUCACCCAUGCUGGAGUCAGACCAUACAAAUGCGACAUUUGCGGAGAGGACUACACGCAGAGAUCUAGCGUUCUGAGACAUCGAAAGACUCACCCUGGUCCUCUUCCACCUUUCACGGAACCAACGCCAAUCGCGGAUAUCGCCAGGAAGAUAUUGGAAAAACUCUCGAGUGUUUGA